CUCAGUUUGACAGAGAUUUUGUCAUAACCAAAAAUAUUUAUGGCAAAAAAUUAAUAAAUAAAGAGAAAAUUUUAUUAAAGCGGUUUCGUUUUGGGGUGUUUUUAGUUCGAAGUUAGUUUCUGAAUAGAAAGUGUGAAAACUUUUUGGAAACAUUGGCUAUGGAAAAUACUAAAACAAAUAUUCUUAAAUUCGGUAACUCAUGUUUUAUGAGAAAGAGGUAACUGAAUUUCUUGGAAAAUGUAGAUUAGUGCAACUUAAUACGUAAACUGAGCGAAUUAUAAGACUGGAAUUGUUUACUGUGAGAAGGUUACCUAAAGCCCAAUUAUUUGACGUCCGUUCGACAAAUACAUGUAGAUUUAUUUUUUACCAUGGCCCAAGAAGACAGGAAGAAGUUUUAUUGUAGAGAGUGGGCCUUCCAAAAACUCCUGCACUGUUUAGAUCAGAGACCCGUUUCGAAAACUUGUGGGGCUCUUUUACUAGGUAGCUCAGGCUGCGGCAAGACCACUUUCUGUUCAGAGUUAUGUUGGCCCUCUCAAGGUCCUUCAGGCAGACAACAGAGAGCCUUAAACCGAAGACUGCUCUGCUACCAUUUCUUGCAAGGCCAUAAUGAAAAAAGUCUUUCUUUGAGUGAAUUUGUGCGAUCCUUAGUUACACAAAUAUUAAAUCAUUCAACAGAGAGUCAUAAAGAGCGGAGCAUCAGAAGAAAAUUGGCGCAAGAAAAGCAAAAUGUACCUCAAGAAAGUUUAUAUUCUAAUUUGGAGUCUACCGAACCUGCUGCUAUUUCAACUCUACCAGUAAAUCCUCGCACGGUGAUUGCAGAUGCCUAUUUAGAGAAGUUAAAGUCUGAUCCUGAAAUUCAAAUUGCUUUAAGAGCAAAGAAUAUAGAAAGUAAUCCAGAUGACUGUUUAAAGAGAGCUUUAUUGUUUCCGUUACUUGAAAUUGACCCGCCAAAAACAUCCCUAUUCCUUAUUAUCGAUUCAAUCGAUGAGCACAGUUUUGUUUAUUCAAAUUCUACUUUGACCAGGUCAAAACCUAAGGAAAGAAGCUCCCAAUCUAGAACUAUAGCAGAACUACUAGCAAACCACCAUCAUUUAUUCCCUCAGUGGUUACUGUUGGUGUGCACAGCUAAAAAACAGUCAAAGAGCAUUGCAAAAAUGUUCACUGGCUUCAGAAAACUCAGUCUGGAUGAUUUGAGGAAGACGCAAGUUGUUCGGGACGUCCAACAAUAUAUUUUAGCACGUUUAGAUCAGGAAAACAGCCUUAGACAACACAUAAGUAGAGAUACGGCCGAGAUGCUCAAUCAGUUACAUAUUAAAAGCAAUGGUUGCUUUCUGUAUUUAGAGAAAGUGCUAGAUGGUGUGGCUGAUAAUUUUAUAGUGUUGAGGGAGAUACGUGAAAUUCCUGGAACUUUGAAUGGACUAUAUUUGUGGCUGUGUCAGAGGUUAUUUAACAGGAGACAAUUUGCGAAAGUACAGCCUUUGCUAAACGUGAUUUUAGCUGCUAAAUGUGCGUUGAAUGAAGCAUUGUUGUAUGAUAUUGUUAAGGUCAACAACUCGAAAAUCACCCUGGAAGACUUCCGCAAACGUUUCCACCUCCUCAAGCGCGUGAUCGUCAUAUCCAAGGGCGGUUGCGUCCGCCUCUUUCACCACUCCUUCGCCGAGUGGCUGCUGGACAUCAAGCACUGCACCCAGAAGUACCUGUGCAACAUCUUCCACGGGCACUGCGUCCUCGCCAUGUACUACACCCUGCACGCCUCCACUCUCAACAACCAGGAGAUCUACGACUACGCGUUCCACCUGACCAGGAUGGAGCAGUUCCUCAGCGAGAAACCGGGCCAGAAGUGUCCGACGUUGAUGUACCGACUGACGCAGGACAGGGGAGGUGCCGGGUCGGGGAAUUCUCUGGAGAAGACGUCGACGGAGAUUUACGCGGAUUUGAAAGCACUACAGGAAUUGACAAAAACCUACGAGAAAGAUCUGACGUUCGAUCUAGACAACGUCGACGGUCUGGAUACGAGUUUUGUCGACACCGAGACCAGUCAAAAUAAUCUGGACGACGGCAACAUCGAAACGAAAUUCGAAAAUGUCAAUUUGAAGAGUCCGUCGUCGGACAAACAUCCAAUCUACGCAGAGGUGAACAAACUGAGAAAAACUUCUAAUCAAAUACCCAAAAACAUCGAAUGCGUCGACCCGUUACUCACCACCAGCUGCGAGAACAACCUCCUUGUAGCUGAAAACACGACAACCGCCUCCUCCCUCAAUAACACUGCCACUUCUUGCACCUUGCUGGACGGGCCGUUGUCCAGCAAAACCGUAGUCCACCCGGCUUUGGACACGCACACUUUGACCGUUUUGUGGUUGAUAUGCAGCGGGUGUCAGGUGGAAGAAUGCUUGCUGGAGGGCAACGAAACGGCGGGUGUUAAUUUCGGAGCUUGUUUGCCCACGGAUCAGAAGGUGCUGAAGCUUCUGCUUGAAGCUGGAGCUGUGGAGCAACAGGAUGUGGGUGAAGGUGACUAUGGAAGUCAGAUGUCUCUGGCAAGCUCUUCCAGCGAACCAUCUCCAGAACCACUUUUCGAUCUGCAAGACCUCCACGGUCAAGCUGCGCUGCAUGUGGCAGCCAGGUUGGGACAAGCUCAAGUUGUAAAGGUUUUGUUGGAAUCUGGUGCAAAUGCUGACCAAGCUGACAUUGACGGUUGGACACCCCUUAGAGCGGCUGCAUGGGGCGGGCACACAGAGGUAGUGGAAAUGCUAGUUAGGCAUGGCUGCGCUUUGGAUAGCAUGGACGCGGAAAAUCGGACAGCCUUACGAGCAGCAGCCUGGAGUGGUCAUGAAGAAAUUGUAAAGGUUCUUUUACAAAACGGAGCUAACGUCAAUUUGACAGAUCAUGAAGGUAGGACAGCGUUGAUCGCUGCUGCUUAUAUGGGCCACAGCGAGAUAGUUGACCAUCUUCUAGACUAUGGAGCUGAUAUAAACCACGCAGACGCCGAUGGAAGGACAGCUCUCUCGGUUGCAGCUCUCUGUGCUCCACGAACCCCAGGUAGAAGUGGUGUCAGCGUAGUAUCUACGCUUUUAGAAAGAGGCGCCACCGUCGAUCAUAAAGACAAAGAGGGCAUGACUCCUUUGCUGGUAGCUUCUUUUGAAGGUCACAAAGAUGUUUGUGAACUUCUUCUGGAAAACGAAGCGGACGUCGAUCACUGUGACAACAGUGGUCGGAGUCCGUUGUGGGCGGCUGCCAGCAUGGGCCACGCCCCUGUUGUUGCCUUAUUGUUGUUCUGGGGCUGUUGUAUAGACUCCAUGGAUUCCGAAGGGCGCACAGUCUUAUCUGUAGCAGCUGCGCAAGGUUGUGUGGAAGUAGUACGACAACUUUUAGAUAGAGGCCUAGACGAACAACAUCGGGACAAUUCCGGCUGGACUCCUUUACAUUAUUCUGCUUUUGAAGGUCAUCUUGACGUAUGCGAGUCUCUGUUAGAAGCGGGAGCAAGAAUCGACGAAACAGAUAACGAAGGCAAGGCACCCUUGGCUUUGGCAUCACAAGGAGGUCAUACGACCUUAGUAAAUUUAUUUAUAGAUAAAUAUAACGCACCUGUCGACCAAAGACCUCACGAUGGCAAAACUGCUUUACGCCUAGCUGCUUUGGAAGGGCACUACGAUAUAGUACAAAUUUUACUUUCUAACGGGGCUGAUAUUGAUUCCAAAGACGCAGACGGAAGGAGUACCCUGUAUGUGUUGGCUUUGGACAAUCGGUUGGCAAUGUCCAAGUAUUUCAUGCAACAAGGAGCGGAUGUUGAAACUCGAGACUUGGAGGGGCGAACUCCGCUACAUGUAUCAUCUUGGCAAGGUCACACUGAAAUGGUCAGUUUACUACUAACCUAUGGUAAAGCACAAGUCGACGCUUGUGAUUUAGAAAACAGAACGGCUCUACAUUCGGCUAGUUGGCAGGGUCACAGUGAUAUUGUUAAGAUUCUUCUCGAAUUUGGGGCUCAACCUGACCAUACCUGUAAUCAAGGAGCCACAGCUUUAGGAAUAGCUGCGCAGGAGGGUCAUGAACAAUGCGUAGUAGCCUUACUUGAACACGGUGCCGACCCUAACCAUUCCGACGCUUGUGGUAGGAAUGCGUUGAGGGUUGCGGCUAAAUCGGGACACAGGGGCGUGGUCAGACUGCUGGAGGAAUAUAGUGCGAGAUCUCAUAAGAUUGCAGCAGCGCACACUAGUAGCAGUGCUAAUUCAAUUGCCUCUACAUCAACAGCUGAGACCAAACCAUCAUCUGCCAUUCUCUAUCCUGUAGGUGGUGGAGAUUGGACUGACCAACAAAGAAGAUCAAUGGUCUCUCUGGGAAAUCACAGUUCUAACUCGAAAUCAAGCUCGAAUUUGACGGGGUCCAGCCAUUCCAGUCGCCACGGUGAUAGACAAAGAGAUACAUCACAAAAUGCUCAGCCGAUGUCGUUUACGCAACAACUACAACAAUGCUCGAGGGGCGGAAAGACUCGCCCCCUAAGCAAACUGUUGUCUCCGCUUCAGAGUGAGCCCCAAAGUCCAAUAUAUGCGUCACCUCCACUGAGUCCCGUGCACGAUACCUCUAAUAAUGUCUUCAGUGCCAUGAAUAUUUACCAGCCUGUGUUACGACACAAUAAUUUUGGUAAAGUUUCGGACAACCAUUUUGCGCGGGACACCCACAUGAGGAUAAUUCUAGGUAACUCUGGAAACUCGGUUUUCGGGAAAGACAAAAAGCCUGAGGAUAAACAUGAGAAGGAAACGAAUAAUUCCAAGCACAGCAAUCAGAAAUCGAAACGGAACGGCAUAGUGACGAACCCGGCGCUGCGCUUGGUGGCCAACGUGAAAAACGGGCUGGACAGCGCGGCGGCCAAUCUGCGCAAGUCCGCCUCUGGAGCGAACCCCGCCUCCAAGACGAACAGUUUCCAUUGGCGGAAAGAGACGCCACUGUAGUUUCCGAAAGCGAUGACUCGCUUGAAUUUUACUAGUCAAUCAAAUGGAUUUUUAUCUCAAAAAACAAAAAUAAGAAAACUAAAUACUGCUAACAGCACCCACCUAGUCUUAAUUAUCAAAGAAAAAGUAUAGACUUCUGAAUUUAUUACGUUGUAAGUAGGUUUUACUCUCUAAUUUCCUUUUCCGUUGUGAACACACGACCCGGAAGGAUUCGCUCUCGGCCUAAGGUCCAACGACGGAUGACAGACGACAACAGACAGAGAUAUAUACUUUUUUGGUUAAUUCAACUUUAGUAUUGUGAUAGAACGGAUGCGUAGUUUGUAAUAUUUAAGCGAUCAGUUUUUAGGUAGUAAUUAAUCCUAGUUACGACAGAGUUUUUUCGUUUAUUGAACAAAACGAAGGAAUACAGAGGUCUCUAAUUUAUUUUACUAAAUAUUAAUCGGCGAAUUUUUAGAACUAGUUUUGAGGCAGUUGAUUUUUAAGGAAAUAAUUUGUGAGUUAAAUAGUAUUUUUCUCUCAAUAAAAUACAAUCGGGAGAUAUGGCAACGAUGUGCGGUAUUAAAAAGGCGUUAUUUUGACAGUUAAAGCGUCUUAAUAAACUUUUACGCGCUAAUAGCGUUACCGUGUGCCGCUAUUUACGUAGAGAAACCGUGCGGUAUUUUGACAUUUCGAAAACGUUAUUUUGUCAAUCCAGAUAUUGUAUUUAUUGAAAACAUAUAAAUAAAUGUUAAUUCACUUAAAAUAUACUUUUAUUUUAAAUAUUUCAAUUAGUUGAAUAUAUUAUUUAAGAUUUAAUAUGUCUUAUCAGAAAAUUAUAAAUGGCUUGGAUUUAAGCUUGAUUUUCAUACGUUCGUUAUUCGU